AUGUCUCGUCAGAACGACAGCCUUUUGGAGAAAGGUUACUGGAAGGACCUUGACCCGCUCGCAGAACCGUCUUCAGCAAGCCGUGCAAAGCAAUGGCUCCUUAAACUAGUCAAGCCUUCAUUCAUGAGCAGUGCUCAACCGCGCCAAGAGAAGACCAGAAGAACGGCGUAUCUGGACGGCCUCAGAGGAUUCGCAGCAUUGAUAGUCUACUGGGGACAUCAUGAGUUAUGGGCGCACGAUGUACUUUCCCCGGAUCGAAUAUUGGAGAACGCAUAUGGCUAUGACAAUCAACGUUACUUUGUCUGUCUACCCUUUAUACGGACGUUCUUCUCAGGCGGCCACUUCGCGGUCACAGUAUUCUUCGUCAUGUCCGCCUAUGUCUUAUCCAUGAAGCCAAUGGCCAUGAUUCAUUCCGGAGAAUACAUGAGGCUUGGAGACAACCUCGCGUCUGCACUAUUCAGACGCUGGCUACGGCUGUUUAUACCCGUCUUCUGCACAACGUUCCUGUACAUGACAUCCUGGCACGUCUUCAAAUAUCGAACUGAGUCAGAGCCUAAGCCAAGUUAUCGAGAAGAACUCUGGAGUUGGUACUGCGAGUUCAAGAACUUCAGCUUCGUAUUUACUACUGGAGGUCAACCAUGGUUCAGCUACAGUUUUCAUACAUGGUCCAUUCCAGUUGAGUUCAAAGGCUCGAUCGUGAUAUAUACUGCGCUGCAAGCCUUCUCGAGGUGUACCAGGAAUACACGGCUAUGGUGUGAAUUGUGUCUCAUCAUUUACUUCAUGUACAUUGUGGACGGCGCUUUUUGCGCAAUCUUCAUGGCCGGGAUGUUCUUAUGCGACCUCGACCUUCUGGAGCAAGGCCAGAAGCUGCCAUACUUCUUAUCAACACUGGGACGCUUCAAGACACCAAUAUACUACGGGUUAUUCCUCGUAAGCCUUUAUCUUGGUGGCUGCCCGGCUUACAGCUCGGAUAUUCAUGUCCUCAAGAACUCACCUGGAUGGUUCUACCUGUCAUUGUUCAAACCACAAGCAGUCUUCGAUUACAAGUGGUUCUACUUGUUUUGGGCUUCGAUAUUGCUUGUGGCCUCGAUCUCGCGGAUCUCUGGGCUCAAGGCAUUCUUUGAGACGAGAUCCAAUCAGUAUCUAGGCCGAAUCUCGUUUGCGUUCUACCUGGUCCACGGCCCGAUACUGUGGUCCUUGGGUGACAGGGUAUACGCCGCCGUUGGUUGGACAAAGGAAUCCCAUGCUCUUACCGCACCAGGUUGGAUCAAUGUAUUUCCACUGCCAAAGACUGGACCCUUCGGGCUGGAGUUGAGCUUUCUGCUACCUCAGCUGGUGCUUCUGCCACUGACGCUUUGGGUUGCAGAGAUAGCAACGACAUUGAUUGACGAGCCUAGCGUCAAAUUCUCGCAGUGGCUCUACAGUCAAACACAGAUGUCCGCCACAAAGCUAUAG